UAGUGUCCUAUAUAGUUUAUAUAAUUUUUACUAGCAAUAAAUGUCAGGAAUUGUGAAAAACGGAGUUUAAAAUGUUUUUGGUUAAGGUUUAUGUCAACUGUACAUUUGAGCAGCGUACAGGACAAACAAACUGGUUCAACGUUGGUUUAGUGGAAAACAUAUUAAAACGGACUACAGGUACAAUGUAUUGGAAGACUUCUAACAGAUUUUGUUCUUAAAAUACCAGAAAAGUAUGAUUGCUAAUAUUACCGAAAUCAUAAUAUGUACGUCUUCAUGACAGAAGUCAAAGUAUAUUAUAUCCCAGAACCCUUCUGUGAUCUCUUUCUCUCUCUCAGACACACACAGGUGAUAGGUGGUUGUAAAUGUUGACAUUGACAGUGAUAUAAGUACUAUUGUUCAUAUUUGGUUCAAGGUCUUAAAAGUCUGACUUAUUUUCUGUUUGUAACACUUCAUGACACAUCACUGACAGAAGGAAAAUGGUUACCAUGAGAGUGAUGCCAACAACACAGGAAACCACAGAGAAAGCAGCUGUGCUACUGACAUGCUGAGACCCAUAGAGUCAGACAGCAGCCCUCCCACCGAUGCUCCACCCACUGCCAAUCAACCAUCAGAGACGGAAGAGAAAGUGAUAAAUCUCACUGGCUCUUUUUCCUGGUUCGUUUGAAGUCAACUAAAUAAGCAGAACAGACCCAGCUACUAUCGCAAUUGGUGUUUAUGGGAGAACUAUCCCUUAAGCAGAGCCUGGAACGGUGACCAACGUAAAUGGACAACGGUAAACAGCGUCUUAAUUUACCUGAAACGAUGGGGGUCUGCCACAACUUCUGGACCCAGCGCCCCCCACCUGACGCCCAUGAUGCCCAGCCCCUCAUCGCUAAACAAUGCAGUACUGAUGAUAGCCAGAAGGGGGCAGACAAGACACAGCUCAAAAAGAGACGCUGGUGUCGCAACAGCUGCCUUUGCCUGUUUCUGUUCCUGGUCGUGAUGAUGACUGUGGUCAUCCUGGAAGUUGACCUCAAAGAACGGAUCUCACCUUCAACAACCAAUCCAGCAGCAAACAUGUCAGUUGCGAUUCUGGCUGCCCCUCCCCCGUACGUGUCCCGAGGACCGUACCAUGUACAAUACCCACAUGAGUACUCCUUCAUCCUGGAUGAGCCAGAGAAAUGCCGGGAGAAGAACCCCUUCCUGGUUCUGAUGGUGCCAGUGGCGCCCUAUAACAGGGAGGCCCGUGAGGCCGUCCGCAGGACUUGGGGCAGUGAGAGGCAGGUACUGGGCAAAGAGGUCCGUCUGUUCUUCCUGCUGGGACUGCCCAGUGGAGAGGAGACAGAGCAGCUCCAGGAGAAGGUGCUGCAGGAGAGCAAAGAGCACCAGGAUCUGCUGCAGAGCGACUUCAUAGACAGCUACAAAAACCUGACCAUCAAGACCAUGGUGAUGAUGGAGUGGCUGAGCUCUCGCUGCCCCAACGCCUCCUACGCCAUGAAGAUCGACUCAGACAUGUUCCUCAACGUGAACACCUUGGUCAACAUGCUGCUUCACGCUCCAACGCAGAACUACCAGACUGGACUAGUGGCCCAAUGGGCCGCUGUUCUAAGAGACCGUAACUCCAAAUGGUACCUUCCAAAGGAGGUGUUUCCUGAACCGGUAUAUCCACCUUAUGCUCUGGGCCUGGGCUAUGUCUUCACCUUAGACCUCCCCAGGAAGCUGGUGGAGGCGUCCAGGCAUGUUAAAGCCGUCUACAUAGAGGAUGUGUAUCUGGGACUGUGUAUGAGACACCUGGGCAUCCGGCCUACUGACCCCCCCAGUGGAAACCUCUUCCAGGUUUUCCCUGUGGCUUAUGACCGCUGCACCUACUCACGGCUGAUAGCCACCACCACACACAGUAUCACUCACCAGGUCAACGCAUGGACAGACCUACACAAACCUGGUCCUCCCUGCUGAUCUCAUACAGUAACAGACUGACUGCUGUACCAAUCACUUCCUCGUUGUUUGUUCAUACACUAACUAACUAACAAACAAAAAACAAAGAUGGCACCACCUCCAGGGAUUGGGAAAAGGAUAUACUACAUUUCUGGAUAGAUCUGAAAAUAUCUGUGUAGCAACUCUCCCCAUCCAACCUGACAGAGCUGGAGAGGCUCUGCAGAGAAGAAUGGGAGAAACUCCCCAAAUACAGGUGUGCCAAGCUUCUAGCGUCAUACCCAAGAAGACUCAAGGCUGUAAUCACUGCCAACGGUGAUUCAACAAAGUACUGAGUAAAGGUCUGAAUAGUUAUGUAAUAUCUCAGUUUUUAUUUAAAAAAUAAAUCCUGUUUUUGCUUUGUCAUUAUGGGGUAUUGUGAUGUCAUUAUGGGGUAUUGUGAUGUCAUUAUGGGGUAUUGUGUGUAGAUUGAUGAGGGGAAAGAACUAUUUAAUAAAUUUUAGAAUAAGGCUUUAACCUACCAAAAUGUGGGAAAAGUCAAGGUGUCUGAACACUUUCCAAAGGCACUGUAUACCUUGGUGAAGAACAUUAACACCCUGAAUGACCAGUUUCUUCACGUUACGUCCUUUGGGAGAAUGUUGUUUUUCUCUGAACCGAGGCAGACACCUUGCUACACCAGUUUUUUGAUUCCUAAGGCUUUUUUUAACAAAGACUGAGAGCAGCAGUUAUCUGUCUAACGUGGACAUGGUGAUGGACUGGACAGGACUAAGAAAUGGAUGCAAUGGGUUGGGUCUGUCUGUGGUGAAUGUGUGCACUACACUGAAGCAGCAGAAACCCAGAACAAGUUAAACAGGUUUAUCUUAAUAGAGACUAGUUGGCUGUGUUUAGACAGGCAGCCCAAUUCUGAUCUUUUUCCCACUAAUUGUUCAUUUGACAAAUCACAUCUCUUUCAGAGCUGAUGUGAUGGUGGAAAGUCUAAACACAGCCACUGCACUUAAUAAUCAGCUUUGCCCCUUUUCCCAGAGCAAACUGUAACAGGUUCAUUUGACCCAGCUUCUCACAACAGGAAAAAGAAUACUGGAGCAACAGGAAAUAUAUAUAUAUAUAUUAGUUUUCGUGAGGGAAAAUCAAGUUUGAAAUGUUAAACCUGAAAUGACAAACUUCAGAAGCCUGUUUAAACCACUAAAAUUGGCAUUUCCUGCUCUGCAGGAAAAUGAUCUGUGACAACAGAGUGACCAAAUAUAUAUAUCAGAUCUGUAUCAGUUAGUGAUGGAAAUAAGUGAAGGGGAUCUGUGAAGGCUUUGGCUGUAGAGUCAAUAGACCAGGAUGAAGGGUGUCAUUUGCACUGUCACCAAAGUCACAAGUCUAAUGAGGCAAUUCAGUAAAGAAACCUAUUGUUAUUUACAACGACGGCCUACACCGAACAGACCCAGAUGACACUGGGCCAAUUGUGCGCCGCCCUAUCGGACUCCUAAUCACGUCCGGAUGUGAUACUGCCUGGAAUCAAGACAUGGUUUCUGUAGCGACGCCUCAAGCACUGAGAUGCAGUGCCUUAAACCGCUGCGCCACUCAGGGGCCCCAAGUGAAGUAGCUUUGUAUGAGUUGUAGUUUUUUUAAUAUGUGGUGGAAGGAGGAAGUUUGAGUCGAGCGAUCAGGAAGAGAUGAUGCUUGCAUUCAUUUUGCAUUUCGCAGGGUCAGAGGGAAUUUGGUUUGCCUGAGAGUUUGUGCCAACUGCAUUGAAGACAGCUGAGACGGCACACUAAGGCAUUCCUAUCACUUCCUCCUUCGUUCCUGCCAGAGAUGUAAUCUGCUGAAUUUGUAAUACGUUUCCACUUUGAUUAAAAGGUUUUGAUCAUUUU